AUGGGACUAACAUUGGUGUCAAUUAGCUGGCUGUCAAGUGCUGGAUAUGUGGUACUGUUCUGUGAAAACUUGUGCAAGAUCUUUGAUGCAAAGAAGAAGCUAUUGGGAGAAAUUCCAGUUAAUAAAGGGUUGUACUGUAUAAAAGGCCCCAAAAGACCAUUCAUGGGAGCAGCAAAGGCAAACAAAGUACUCACCAUGUGUGAUGCCCAUGCUAGACUAGGUCACAUUGCUCCAGACAGCAUCAAAUGA